AUGAAGGCAUUAGGGCAGAAACUAAGUGACUGGCAUCGUGUUGAUUUCAACAAACAACAAAUUGAGAUGAGAGUGAUUCAGGAAAAGCUUAAUGACUUGAUGAGGCAGCCUCACUCGGUCCAACUGUAUGAAGAACAAGGUUUGUUGCAUGUUCAAUAUAGUCAUUUACAUGCCCUACAAGAGAAGUAUUGGAAGCAAAGGUCUCGUGCUCUUUGGUUAAAAGAAGGAGAUAGGAACACUGCUUAUUUCCAUAGGAAGCAAGCAAUCGGAAGAAAAAUCUUCUCAGCAGAAAUUGUAAAUAUGGAAGCUUUGCAAAAUUUGCUGAUUGAUGCUACACCAUGCAAGGUCACAAAUCAAAUGAAUGAAAUGCUGGUAGCCCCAUACAUAGAUGAGGAGAUCAAGAGAGCCCUCUUCCAGAUGCACCCAUCCAAAAGUCCUGGUCCAGAUGGUAGAUUGAUAUCUGAUAAUACUUUAGUAGCAAAUGAGGCUGCACACUUCAUGCAUAAGUUGAAACAUCAGGAUGCAAGUUUUUUCUCAUUGAAGCUUGAUAUUUCUAAAGCUUAUGACAGACUUGACUGGUCCUUCAUAUUUGCCAUUCUGACAAGGUUGGGUUUUGCUGAUCAAUGGAUUCAAAUCAUCAUGAAAUGUGUGACAUCUGUGACAUAUUCUAUUUUCAUUCAGGGAGCCCUAAUCUCCCAAGCUGUGAAUCAACACACCAUUCAGGGGCUUACUAUAUGUCCCCAAGCACCCACUUUGCAUCAUCUUUUCUUUGCAAAUGACAGUAUCCUAUUUGGGUCUGCAACAAAUGUGGAAUGUGUGCAAUACAAAUUUAUUCUUGAUACGUAUGAAAAAGCCUUAGGACAAAAGGUGAACUUUCAGAAAAGCAGUGUUGUCUUUAGUAAUAAUGUCAAGGAUGACAGGCAACAAGAAUUAGCUUCUAUUCUUGGUGUUCAAUGUGUCAAGGAGCAUGACAAGUAUCUGGGAUUACCUAUGCGGGUUGGGAGAUCCAAGUCAGCUAUCUUUGCUUAUAUCAAGGAAAAAUUGACAAAAAAAAUUAGUCAGUUGGAAGGCAAAGAUCUUAAGUGCAGCUGGUAA